AUGGGAGGCUCCGACAUUAAUAACGUCACUAUUGGCCAGGCAGUUCCUCGCCUUAUCAGAGAUGCACAGAGUAAUUUCUCGAUUCCUCUAGUCGCCACAUUGAUACAGUCAAAAUUCAACAAAGAAAGUCUAUCCUGCAACACGGAAAAUGCGCUGGUAACUUUUAACGGGCAAUCUCUGCGAACACAAGAGGGCUCGGCCGAGGUCUCUGACGUUAGUUUGAGUCCUGAUCUCGCGCAGGCUGCUGUAGCUGCCGAGGAUGUCUCCAUUACUCUCAGUGUUUUCCCGGACGUUGAUAUUACAUUGACAGUUGAAAAUCCGGCGGGGACUGGCGCGUUUACUGGGAGCUUCGUGCAAUUCCAAGCGAUCUUCACCUACGCCAUACCCUACGACAGUCCCGACAACAGCACCCGCCUCGACUACUACUACCCCAAGUAG